AUGAGCUCGGACGGCACCGAGCCGAAGGCGUUCUUUACGUCAUACCAAACGAGGUGGAGAGGUUUGGGUCGUCGGCGUGUCUGGUCGAGCACCGCCGUGCUCAAGAAGUUGUGCUCUGCGCAUCCAUUGACGCUGCGAACGCCCUUCUGCGCGUCGGUAAGCCGGUUGUUCGCGUCGAGCCACGUCACAAGGCGUCUCGCCAGAAUGUCGGAGUAG